AUGAUGAAGUUGAUGGAAGAUGGGUUUAAGAAUAUGAAAUUGAUUGAAGAAUGUUUUAAGGAAAUUACGCUUGAGCUUGCUGUGCAUGAGAUAAGGCUAACUGGUGUUGAAGGUUGUGUGAACAACGAAAUGAAUGGAAGAUAUGGUACGGAUUUUCAGUAUGGAAGUGCAUGGCCUAGAGAAACUUCUGGUUUUGAAAUGGGUGGAGGUACUUCUGGAUUUGAGAAGGCUGGAGAUAGUGUGGAAAAGGCUGGAGAUGGUGUUGAAAAUGCUAGAGAAGAUGCAGGGAUUGCUACAACUGGAGCUAUGGGAGAACAAAGCGGAUAUGCUCUUGUUUCGUACAAGGCUAAAUGCCUUACACAAGGAGAGGAUUAA